AUGAUCAACCUGGUGGAUCUGGUCUUGGAUGUUGCUCAUUUAUCCAUAAUUCAUCCACCUCCUCAGAAGAAACAUACGCCUUCUGUGUCUAAAAGUGUCAAGACUUCUGGUAAGUCUUCUGAACCUAUAAUCCCCAGUAAAGAUAAAACUGUUGUUGAAGAAGAAUCUAGGUCUAAAGGGUCUGAGAUGAGAAAACCUACUAUGCAUGCUGAUGACACUAAGAAUCCAACGGAAGCGGAAAGGAGUUCCAUUGAUAAGGAACUUAGGGAGUUUGUUACAUCUGUUUUGAAGGAAGUGAACUCAUAUGUUUUUCCAGAUAUUCAAACAUCUUUGGCAAAAGAAUUUAGUCUGGACAAUGAUUCUAGUGAAAAAGCUGAGGAAAGUGUUCCUGAACAUGAUGCUCUUGAAAGAAGAAGUAAGAAGAAUGAAGAUGAGUGUGUCCCUGAGCAUGCUGCUCAUGAGAGAAGAAGUAAAAAGAAAGUUGAUCAUGUUGUCAAUGUUGAUGAACUAACUUCUGAUGAAGAACCCCUUACCAAUUUUGUAACUCCUAGUAUAGCCAAGAGACUGCAAAGACGUAAAGGAAAGGCAGUGAUGUUUGAAUAUUUUCUCUUCAGGGAAAUGAAAAGAAAAUAUGGUGGUUUGAAAGACACUCCUUCUAGAAGCUCCAUACGAAAAUCUCCUAUUGGUCCUACUAGGUCAUGGAGUAAAGUUGUUACCCCUACUAGAAAGAGGAAAGUUGUCUCUUCUAGUGAUUCUGAGUUUGAUGUCGAAAAGUAUGUCCAGGACAUCAGACCUAUAAACAUAUCUGAUAACAAGAAGCCUCGUGCUGCUAUGCCCAAGGCUCCAUUGGACAAAGCUUCUUUACAUUAUGUGAAGAAUGCUGAAAGGUGGAACUAUGUCAUUCAAAUUAGGGUAGCUCUGGAGAGGGAAUUGGGUAAUGACGCCCUAAAGUGUAAAAAGGUUGUAGAACUUAUAGAAGUUGCUGGGUUGAUGAAGAUUGUCACUAAAUUUGGCCCUUGCUAUGAAAGCUUAGUCAAGGAGUUUGUGGUGAUUAUUCCUGAUGGGUGUGAUGAUAUGAAACAUGAUGGCUAUGGGAAGGUAUAUGUUGGAGGAAAUUUUGUGACAUUUUCUCUAGUUGUGAUCAAUAAAUUUCUGGGAAGAACGGAAGAACCUCUGGCUGAGUUAGAGGUUACAUAUGACCAUGUGUGCAAGGAGAUAACUGCCAAGCAGGUAAGACACUGGCCUAACAAAGGAAAGUUGUCAGCUGGAAAGUUGAGUGUCAAAUAUGUUAUCCUUCAUAGAAUUGAGACUGCCAACUAG